AUGACGGUGGGCAAGACACCACCAGAAGAGGGUGCACUGGCUAGCAGAGCUGAUCCCUGGGACAUCCAGCAGGAGGCGCUGCAGUGCUGCCUCCUGCCUUCUGCUAAGUCCCAGGCAAAGAUACCACUGGAAACGGUGAAGUCCUGGGCAGAUGCCUUUGGUGGGGAGAUAUAUUCCAUCAUGACAAAGUAUUCAGGCUCUCUCCUCUUACAGAAGAAGUACAAAGACGUGGAGCCCACUCUGAAGAUCAAGGAGGUGGAUGGCUUGGAGCUGGUGAAGAAGUUCUCAGAGGAGAUGGAGAGCAUGUUGCGCAGAAAAGUAGACGCUGUUGAGAGGCUGGUGGAAGCAGCGGAAGACGCAGAUCUGAACCAUGAAUUCAACUCCUCGCUGGUGUUUGAUUACUACAACUCUCUCCUGAUUAACGAGAAAGAUGAGAAUGAUAAUUACGUGGAGCUUGGAGACGAAUUCAUCCUGGAGCCAAACGAGCAUUUCAAUAAUCUGCUGGUGAACACAACGUACAGCGAUGUGCAACUCCCAACCAAUGUCUACAACAAAGACCCUGGCAUAUUGAAUGGAGUUUACAUGUCAGAAGCCUUGAAUCCUAUUUUUGUGGACAAUUUCCAAAGAGACCCAACACUGACCUGGCAGUACUUUGGCAGCUCCACAGGAUUCUUCAGACUUUACCCAGGGAUAAAGUGGAUGCCAGAUGAGAAUGGAGUGAUCUCCUUCGACUGCAGGAAUCGAGGCUGGUACAUCCAGGCAGCCACCUCGCCCAAGGACAUUAUAAUUGUGGUGGACAUCAGUGGGAGCAUGAAGGGUCUGCGGAUGACCAUUGCGAAAUACACCAUCAUCACCAUUUUGGACACUUUGGGGGAAAACGAUUUUGUCAAUAUUAUUGCAUACAAUGAUUAUGUUCAUUAUGUUGAACCCUGUUUCAAGGGCAUCCUGGUCCAAGCAGACAGAGAUAACAGAGAGCACUUUAAGCAGUUAGUGGAUGAGCUGCAGGCAAAAGGAGUGGGGACCGUCAAUAAAGCCGUGCUGGAAUCCUUCAAAAUCCUGAGGGAGUUCAGAGAGGCUGGGCAAGGAGGCCUGUGUAACCAAGCCAUCAUGCUGAUCACAGACGGAGCCGUGGAGGAUUAUGAAUCUGUGUUUGAAAAGUACAACUGGCCUGAUCGUAAGGUCCGGGUUUUCACUUAUCUCAUUGGAAGGGAAGUCACAUUUGCACAAAAUGUGAAAUGGAUAGCUUGCAACAACAAAGGCUACUACACUCAGAUCUCCACCCUGGCAGAUGUUCAGGAGAAUGUGAUGGAAUAUCUGCAUGUGCUCAGCCGUCCGAUGGUCAUCAACCACGAUCAUGACAUCAUAUGGACUGAAGCCUACAUGGACAGUGCGCUCUUUGCAUCUCAAGCUCAAAGUCUGCUGCUCAUGACAACAGUAGCUAUGCCAGUCUUCAGCAAAAAGAAUGAAACGAGAUCUCAUGGCAUUCUCCUGGGUGUAGUGGGCUCUGAUGUUCCACUCAGGGAGCUACUGAAACUGGCUCCACGGUAUAAGUUGGGAGUCCAUGGAUAUGCCUUUCUGAACACUAACAACGGUUACAUCCUCUCACACCCCGACCUCCGACCUUUGUACAAAGAGGGAAAGAAGCUGAAGCCCAAACCAAACUACAACAGUGUGGAUCUCUCUGAAGUGGAGUGGGAAGACCAAGAUGAAAUACUGAGAACAGCAAUGAUCAAUGGAGAAACGGGUUACCUUGCUAUGGACGUGAAGGUCCCUGUGGAUAAAGGGAAACGGGUUCUCUUUCUCACUAAUGAUUAUUUCUUCACUGACAUCAGUAGCACGCCUUUCAGCCUGGGUGUCGUCCUCUCCCGUGGGCAUGGGGAAUACAUCCUGCUGGGGAACACUUCAGUGGAAGAAGGCUUGCACGACCUGCUGCAGCCAGACUUGACCUUAGCUAAUGAAUGGAUUUACUGCAUCACCGAUAUUGAUCCAGAUCACCGGAAGCUCAGCCAGCUGGAGGCCAUGAUCCGCUUCCUCACAGGAGAGGAAUCCGAUCUGGAAUGUGAUGAGGACUUGGUCCAGGAGGUGCUGUUUGAUGCUGUGGUAACUGCGCCAAUGGAGGCCUAUUGGACAGCCUUAGCCUUCAAUAUGUCUGAUGAGACUGAGCAGGGGGUCGAGAUGGCAUUUCUGGGCACUCGAGCUGGCCUCAUGAGGAGCCUCCUGUAUGUGGGAUCUGAGAAACUCUCGAACAGGCAAUUCCUGACCCUGGGGGACAAGGAGAGUAUCUUCACCAUGGAUCACUUCCCCCUGUGGUAUCGUCGAGCAGCAGAGCAUCCUCCAGGGAACUUCAUCUACAGCAUCACCUCAGAAGAGGGUUCAGAGGGAGGUGGCAAACCAGAGGUGGUGACAGUGAGCACAUCUGUUGCUGUGACUGUGGAUGGGAAGACAGCUAUUGCUGCAGCUGUGGGCGUGCAAAUUAAGCUGGAAUUACUCCAACACAAGUUCUGGAUGGCUACACGGCAGUGCAGUGGCGUGGAUGGCCUGUGUCCGCUGAGCUGUCAGGAUGAUAAUCUGAACUGCUUCCUCAUUGAUAACAAUGGGUUUAUAUUCAUUUCCAAGAGAUCCACAGAGACCGGAAAAUUUUUUGGUGAAGUGGACGGCUCAGUAAUGACCCAACUGCUAAACAUGGGAAUGUUCAGGCAGGUGACGAUGUACGACUAUCAGGCCAUGUGUAAAACGCCCUACCAUCAUCACAGCGGUGCCCGGCCUCUGCUCAGUCCCAUUUAUACCUUUUUCGCUGUAUUGAAGUGGCUGAUAAGUGAUUUCCUCAUAUUUCUUUUGGAGUUCAAUAUUUGUGACUUCUGGCCCUCAGACAACUUGGCAGAUGCCAAGUCCGUCUUCCAUCAUUCUCACAAGCAUAAGAAACAUGAUAUGCUACAGCCAUGCGACACAGAAUACCCUGUCUUCGUGUACGAGAGCACCAUCAAAGAAACCAAUGGGCUGAUAGAGUGCGGAGACUGUCAAAAGAUGUUUGUAGCACAGCAGAUUGCCAACAGUAACCUCCUGCUCCUGGUUACAGAUGCUGCCUGUGACUGCAGCAUCUUCCCACCUGUCCUCCUGGAAGUGAAAGAAGUCAAAUAUAACGCUUCGGUGAAGUGCGACAGGAUGCGCUCCCAGAAAGUGAGACGGCGGCCAGAUACCUGCCACGCAUUCCAUCCGGAGGAGAACGCUCAGGACUGCGGUGGAGCUGCUGAGAUCUCAGCCUCGCUGACAUUACUCCUUCUAGCGCUGGUGACCUUUGCCGUCCUCCUGCGGUGACAGAGUCUACCACUAUCCUUACAGUUCGCAGAAAUGGUGGAUAAUACAAGGGAGUCCAUUACUUCCCAGGGACAUUCUUAGAGCCAGAGUUGGAGCUGUAGGAGGGGAGGAGCCCACGAUGUAGGCACUUUGAGACUUCCUGUGGACUUGUGGGGACAAGGCAUUAGAGACCCCUCACAUAUUGGCCUGUCUCUCUGACAAAAGGCGUAUAGUUCAGUUUUGUGUUUACAAUGGAAGCUAUUUCUUCCAAAAGAACUUGCAGCUUGAGUCCUGGCCACCAGGGCUGAGGAUCAAAUGGGAUUAACUGUCUAUGCAAUAAACACUGGAUUGGCUAUUCCCAGCUCUGGAGACAUUACCUGACAGAUCAGAGGAGCUCAUGAGGGAUGUGAAGGCUCCAGGAACAUCUGAUACCAUCUUCCUGUGGCUGGUUCUGCCCCCUUCUGGCGUGGCACCUCACUUACACUUGCCUCUGCUGGUGAUGGAGUCCAUGCAGAUGCAGUGGGGAUUUCACCAGUGCUAUCCACUAUGUAGCAGAGCUCUCCAUAAUGUAAUCUGCCUGGCUGCACCAAACCAGGCUGAUUUACUACUGCGUAGGAUGGUUUGAACUGGGCACACAUUGCCCUUCAGGAACAGUAGGGGUUUAGAUAUGGAAUUUUAUUUACUGAACAUAUUGCUCACUGGGAUCAAGGAUUUUCAGCACCUUGGAUUCCUGGUGGUUAUGGGGCACAGGGAAAGUCAGUGAAGAACAGAGUUAGGUAUAAACUGCAGGGCAGGGCAGCAGUAAGGAAAAAUACCUCAGUGAGGCUCUGCACAAGGAGGUGGUUCCCCAACAUAGGGAGGUUCCUAGAGACCAGAUUCCCCACAUCAAUGUUAUACAAUUCGUAACCUGGAGUGCACUAUCUUAAAAGGAGAUCUGAGCCGAGGAAACAGCACAACUUGGCUAGUUAUACUUAUUUCAGCAGAAACUGCCAUAGAGCUUUGGUCCCCAGAACUGACUUCUCUUAAAAAGUGAUUGAACACCUUGGAAAUUCUAACAAGCCUGCAUACAAAAGGAAAAGGCACCUGUCUGUUAAAAACAAAAUGAAAUAGCCCCUCCAGUCGUAGGACCUACGUACAAAAAGAAGAAAGGAGAGAAGAAGAAGAGGAAGUGGGGUUUGUGCUGCCGUCUGCUUUCUCUGCAGAAGCAGCUAAGAACGAAACACUCGGAGCUCUGCUGUCCUAAUCAGUUGCUGAGGCCACAGGCUGGGCUAGAGACAGUGGCAGUCCCCCACUAAUGAUUCUGGUUGCUCCCAGCUGCCAGGCCAUGUUUUCAGGCAUUACAAACAAUGACCAGGGAAGAGGAAACAAGGUCUUUUUUUUCCCCUCUUUUUUCUUUUUUGUUUUUUUUUUAAAUGAAGUGCAUGCCAUGGUCUCUUUAAAAACAAAGAUAUGGCAUAUUUUAAACAGAUAUUUAAGGUGUAUUCUGUUAUACUCGGGACUGAUCUCAGCCUUGUAACUCCAAGCAACCCCAACCCACUGGUCGUGAUUACAGCCAUGGCAGAGUCUAUGGCCUGGGGGCAACUGAGUCAUGCAACCCCUACAGUGCAUUGGCAGCUUGCCAGGAGCUCAAGGGUUGGCCCUGAUUUGCCUAAAAUGGAACAGAUGGCAGCUGACUUAAUUAGUAAUACAGACAUGGAGACUACAUCUCCCAGCAUGCAGUACUGUCAACUGGGCCAAGGUCUGUCGGGGCCUCUGAGUGCUGCCAUAAUACCAAUAAAACAUGAAUAAUAAAAUAAUGAGGCAAAAUGAUUAAAGCAUA